AUGACAUAUAACCAUACAUCGGUGUUUUUGUUUACCGUUCAAGGAAUAUUAGCAUCUUUGACAUGUAGUCUAUGUUGCUUUGUAUAUGCAUACUGCUGCAAUAACAAUAAAAAUUUGAAUAAUAAUGAUACAAAAUGUGAAAACAAAAACAAAAGAAAUAUUUCAAAAAUAAACCCGGAUAUUCAUGAUCUAUCUACCUCGAAAAAAAAAAAAAUUAAAAAUAAUUAUGAAAUUGAAAAAAGCAAUGAUGCCAUAAUCAACUCAACAAAUAAAGAUAAAUUGUAUAUGCUAAAUGAUAGAAUAUCUGAUAUCAGCUUAUUAAAAUAUAGUGCUAGUGAUAUAUGUAAAAAUAGAGAUAAUAUUAGUAGAGAGCAAAAUUGGGGUGUGAAAAAUGGCAUAAAUAGAAAGGAAGACAAUUCAAGUGAAAUCGAAACAGAUAUAUAUUAUAACACUAAUUUAUCAAAAAAUGGAAAAUUGGAAAACAAACAAAACGAAUACAAUAGUCUAUAUCCUCACAAACAGCCAAAUGAAAGCCCCUAUAUAAAUUUAGUGAAUUUUAAAUUAAAAAACAAUCCUAAUGAUUAUUUAAAUGAAAAAAAUAGUAAGAUAGAAAAGUAUAAACAUGGUGAGCCAAAUGAUUCCGUUGAUAAUAGUAUAUCUAUACAUAAUGAAAUGAUACGUAUUUAUCCUUAUAUUUUUGAUAAGGGCAUACAAAACUUUCCUUCAUUUUCUUGUCAUGUUAAAAACAAUCCAUUAAUUAUAAAUGAAUACGAGCGAUCUUAUAGAAACAAACAAAUAAUAGAAAAUUUAAAUUCUAUAAAUAUGAAUGGUAACACUUCAGAUAUUUAUAUGAGGGAAGAUAUGAAAAAAUAUUUUACAAACAAUGGCACAUUAUGUAAUACUGAACAAAAUAAAGCAGAAAAUAUGAUUUUAGAUAUUGAAAAAAAACAUAAUAAUACAAUUUUAAGGAGUGAAAUAUCGUAUAUAAAAAAUAAAGAAGAGAUAAAUGGAAUGGAAAGCAAAUUAGUAAUGCAUUAUCAAAAUGGAAUUAUUCAAAAAGACAAAUUUAUAAAGAAUGGGAUUAUAAAAAGUUUUAGUAAUACAACAGAAAAAUCUAUUGAAAGUAAUUCUCCUAUAACUGAAAAAGAAAAAGACCAAAUAUAUUUUAAACAUAAAAUAAAACAAAUUGAUAAUAUAAUUCCUUCUAAUAAAUUGAAAAAAUGUUAUGAAGAAAAUAAUUAUCCAGUUUUAACACAACCAGAUGAAAAUACAAUUUUAAAUAGUUAUAAAAAUAUGUUUGAUAAUUUUAAUAAAAGUAUAUCAAAUAAUGGACAGCUAAAUAAUAUAGAAAAAAAUUAUGAUGAAAUAUUAUCUACUUAUGAAAAUGAUAAAAAUGGAAUAAAAUAUGUAGAAACAAAUAUGAUUGAUAAAUGUGAAAAUUGUGAUUUAGAUAAGGCAUAUCAUUUUGAUACAAAUUAUUGCGAUGUUAAUAAAAAUGAAGGAAUUGAAAAUGAUUAUUCAUUGGGAUGGGGAAAAAAAUUUAUAAAAUAUAAUAAACAUCCUAGUAAUAGUAAAAAAAAUAUUAUUUGUAACCCACAUGAUGAGGAAUAUAUAGAUGAAAAAUAUGGGAAAGAAAAUAAUACAGAUCAAUUUGAAGAUUUAUAUGGAAAUAAAUUUAAUAUAUAUCCCUAUUAUCAUAGGAAUAAUAAAAAAGAGGAAGAGGAAAAUGAAAUAAAAUCGAUUUAUAGAAAAAAUAAUGUCCUUGAAUAUUUACCUGAAUCACAAAAUUAUGGUGAAUCAAUAGUUAGAAAUCGAAACAAUAUAUCAAAUAUAGAAAGUUGUAAUAGAAAUAUAUCAUUUUAUAUGAAUAAUGAGAAAGGGAAUAAUGAUAUCCAUAUUAACAAAGAAGACGACUCAAAUAGUUUAUGCUAUGAUAUGAAAAAAAAGAGACAAAACAAAAAUCUAAAAUAUCGAACAAGACAAUUAAAUAUUGAUAAUGAUGAUAUAAGUAUCAAUACAAAUGAUGUUAUUGACAAAAAUAGAACAAAAAAAGGAAAAGCUAAGGACAGAAAAAAUAAAAAUUCACAAAAUAAAUCGGUUUUAAAUGAUGAUGCAAUUUUGUCCCAAGGUGAGAAACAGGUUGAUUCAUCAAAAUAUGUAAGAAAUAUAAAUCAUAAAAAUAUAGAAAAGAUUCAUAAAAUAAAUAAUGACAAUAUUAGUAUUAAAACAUGUAACAAUGAUGAAAUAGAGAGAAAAAAUAGUCUGAUAUGUCAAAAUAGGAAAUCUGUAAAAAUAAGUAGAGAUAUUGCAUCGAACAAGGAAUUUAAUAUACCACAAAAUUCGAUUGGUUUUGUAGAAGGAAUAAAAAAAAAUGUUACAAAAAGGUGUGAAAAUCCUUAUGAUAUUUAUUUUUUGACUGAUGACAAUACUGAUUGCCGUACUGAAAAUAAAGAAACUUCACAUACUUCAAAUAAAAAAAAAGAAACAAAUCAUAUAAUCCAAAAUGAUAAAAGUGAAAAUGAAAUGAAAGAAAUGAAUUGUCGUAUUAGAAAUACAAAAAAUAAAGACCCAAUCCCCAAAUAUAUGAACCGACCAAAAACUGAACAUAAGUCAAAAAAUUCUAAUAAAAACGCAAUGAAAAAAAUAAAGGAAGAAAACGACGGUGAAACCUAUGAAAGCAAUAUAAACACAUUUAGCGACAUAAAUUUAUAUGAUGGAGAAAAAGAAAUAAAUGAAUUUGAAACAAGUAUAGAUAAUAAUUAUGAUAAUAACAAUACAACUGGGAGUAAAAAAAGAAUAUAUAUAAAAAAAAAGAGUAUGAAAAAUUAUAAAAGAACAGAUAAGUUAAAAAAAGAUGAAAAAAUAUUACUAUUAGACAAGGAAAAAGGAAAGGAAAUAACAAAUAAAACAAAUGAAUCUUAUAAUAAUAAUAAUAAUAAUAACCGUAUAGAGGAUAAAAAAUUGGGCAUUAAAACGAGUAUCAAAAAUAAAGACCCCAAUAGUUCUUUAUGUGAUAGUAUAAGAGACAAUAGUAUGAAAAUCGAAAAAAAUAAAAAAGGAAAAAAAGAAAAAGUAUACGAAAAAAAAAAUAAAAGUAGUACUAACAAAAAUGAUAAUGUAGAUGGAAAUAGGAAACUGUCUAAAGUUCAAUUUACAAAAAUAAAAUCAGCUAAAAAAGAAAACAUAUUAUACAAAAUGGAUGCAGUAACAUUAAUAAAUGAAAAACACCAAAAAAUUGAUGAGCAUAAAUGUGCAUCAGGAUUUGCUAUUUUUUUAAUAGAACAUAUUCAAAAACGAACAAAAGAAGAUAAGGAUAUUUUUGAAAAUUUAUUAAAAUUUAUAUUAAAAUUAAUGGAUAUUUAUAAAAUUAAAACAGUAAAUUUUAUAGAAGCAUUUCUAAUUUUAGAGACAAUAAAUUUAUCAAUUAUAAGAGCACACCCAGUUGAAGAAUGGAUAUUAGUAAUUUUUCAUUUUAUUAAUGGAAAUAUAAAAGACCAUAAUUUAAAAUUUAUAAUUGAAUCUCUUAAAUUAGAUCAUUUAGAAAUUAGUAAUGUAACGGCUUCCUUUUAUAUGAAUAAAAAAAAUAUUAAACUUACUGAAAAAAAUAUGAGCAGAGUUAUAACACUACUUUCCCAUGUGGUUAGAAGAUCUUCGAGGAUUAAAAUAUUUAAUGAAACUAAUUCUGAUAUAAAAUCGAAGGAAUAUAACACAAACGAUCAAAUAUUAGGUUCUUGUUGGCAUCCCAUGGAUUCAGAUGAAAUGCCAAAAUGA